UCCAAUUUACUGCGCGUCUGGCUGAACGUCUCGUGAAGUGACUACCUGCCUGCCACACUCCACCCACAAUCAGACCUAGAGCGCGCUCGAGCCGACGUCGUUCAACGCACGGUUACGAGGAGGAACAUUUAGAAGUCGGAGGAGCCCACAAGCCAUUCAGAGGUUACUCGCGCAGUUCAACACACGUUCUCGACUCUCUCCGGUGGCGCUCGGCGCGGCACACAGGUCGUCGCGUACAGUUUUACCUGCGCAGCAUUUGUAAUAAGCAAGAGCCAUCGAGCGAUCGCCCAUCAUCAUCAUAGAAUAAAAUCAGUGCUCCUCGGCUAGGAUCGGUUCAUUCCUUUGCGAGUUCAUAGGGUUUCAAGUGGAUAUUGCAGCUGGAUAGCAAACAUUGAAGUGGUAAUUCUCGGAGCUACUACACAGGUGACGAAACAAUCGGAAACAUUCAUAAACACUUUCGUACCGGGCCGUUCGAUAAAUAUUGUGACAAACGAGAGUGCUCUUUCCUACAAGUCGCCCUCCUUAGAGAGGUGCUCCAAACGUGAUUUUUGCAUUCUAAACGAGCAAUUUCAUCCGUCAGAUGAAAUAAUAGCUACUUCGGAUACAAAUUAGUUUACUACCUUGGGCGAUUGUGAAAACGCCUGAACCAGUGCAAUAGUUUAAGUGAAUGUUAAAGUAAUUUUGCAACGAGUUGCCAACUAAAAAAAUACCGUAUCUGCCACUGGUCCAAAAUCUAAGUGAAGUGAGUCAAGCCAACAUCAUUUCCAUCAAUAAUUCACAAAUCUCAAGUGCGAAAGUGUACGCCGUUAAAAUGCGUUCCAUGAUUCAUAUCAGUGCCAUCGUAAGCGUGCUCUUUAUUGCUGUUGAAAUUUUCGCGGAACAGCCGAGUGAUAUAACAACAGCGACAGAGGCUUCGAAAGUCGCCGAAACCACCCGAGCAAAUCUUGCCAAUGAGACCGAGUACGUGGACACGGCUCAGCUCAUCAAGGAGUACCACAGUACAAACCCUGCGGACAAUGAUACCGCCACUACCGUAGUUAGUAGCAGCACACCAGCAGCGCCGGAGCACUCUAGUAUAAGCAGCACCCCCGCAGAGAACGUCACCGUAUCGACUCCGGCGACGGCAGCAGCGGCGGCAGAGAACAAAACGAUGACCCCGGAGGAGAUCCAGCGGCUACUGCUGCCGCCUGCCAAGGUCGAGGCCAGUAUACUGCACCUGAACGCAUCGGACGAGGUGCAUGAGAAGAUUAUCAAAGAAUCUGACUGCCCAUCUUUGGACGAAGCUCACAAGCUUUCCCAGACACAGCUGCUCCAGCGGUUAACGCAUGGCUGUCGGUACGAUCGUCUGGAACGGCCAGUGGCAUAUGCCGAAAAUGGCACAAAGCUUCCAGUGCAGGUGUACGCUCGAGCUUACAUAUACUUUUUGCAGAAUUUGGAAGCUCAUGACCUGCAAUUUAAGAUCCACGCCCUACUACAGCUGCGGUACGUGGACUCGCGAUUGGUGUUCAAAAAAGUAGCUCCCAACCGGACGGAGCCCAUCAUGGGCGAACAAUCCCUGAGAGAUGUCCUGUGGGUUCCGCACGUGUUUCUUGCCAACGAGCGCAGCUCGGAUAUUCUGGGGACGGCAGAAAAAGACAUUCUGACCUCGGUCUCCCCCGAUGGUACUGUGAUCAUUUCAACUCGAAUAAGUGCAACGCUGUACUGCUGGAUGAAUCUUCAGAAGUUCCCCUUCGACGAACAGCACUGUUCCACCGUUUUGGAGAGCUGGAUGUACAACGAGGCUGAUCUCAACCUGCAGUGGGAAAAGAAGUCUCCCGUCACCUUAGCUCCGGAACUGCACCUCACCGAGUACGUGCUGCUGGAUAUGUUUACGAACGAAACGAUGAUAAACGCUGAUCUGAGCGAUCUUCGUCACGGAGCCUUUGCUGGCAACUACAGCUCCCUAAGCUUCACCGUCCAUCUAGCCCGUGAAAUGGGCUUCUACCUGAUGGACUACUUCAUCCCCUCGAUAAUGUUGGUAGCGAUCUCGUGGGUCACUUUCUGGCUUCAGGCCGACCAAUCUGCUCCUCGGAUAACGCUCGGAACCAGCACGAUGUUGACGUUCAUCACACUUGCAUCGGCACAGGGCAAAACACUGCCCAAGGUUAGCUACAUCAAAGCGUCGGAAAUCUGGUUCCUCGGCUGCACGGGUUUCAUCUUUGGAAGCCUGGUGGAGUUUGCCUUCGUCAACACCAUCUGGCGAAGGCAGAAAAAUGUCGAACUGAAGAAGAAGAACAGCAAGUACAUUCUGAAGUCGACGUUCACACCGGUCCCAUCGAGGAAGAAUGCCAACGGAAAUCUGCAAAAGUCUCACUCAUGCACAAGCUUGGAUGCGCAGUCAACGAUUACGGCUUCGAAUAACUCCUACAACAAUUAUCUGACGGUUCAUUCCUUCCCAUCGAAGACCAAUUCCCUGCUUCCAAUCAUCACGACUUCGCAUGCAGACUCCGUUGACAACCGCAAUGGAAACGUAUCGAUCAAAAUUGAAGACACCUCGGGCUCGACCACCGAUUUGAGCAAAAUUAACGAACAGUCCAAUAUAAAUGGUAACGGAUGGACAACGAUGACUCCGCAGGAAAUUGCCAUCUGGAUAGACAAGCGGUCGAGAUUUGUGUUUCCGGUUUGCUUUUUCGUUUUCAAUAUAUUCUAUUGGUCUUUCGUUUACUAUCUGUAAGUUCAAGCUAAUCGUCGUCAGUUCAAGCUAAAACCAGAUCAAGGUGGUAUACCUAUGAAUUACGCAAAACAUAGAAAUGUGAUGUCCAAUGGAAUAUUGUUUUAAUGAAGCAAAUAAUUUAUUCAGAACGCUUACAGGGAGUACGUGUAAAACGCUGGCAAAUACUUCUCAUAUUGUAAAUAAUGUGACUAAAGCAAUUUUAAGAAUUACACACUGCAGUGCCCGAUACUAGUAUUUAAGGAAACUAUAUGUGCAAAUGCAUUAUUAGCUUAACUCUAUGUGUUAAGAGAAAUAAACAUGAAAUUUGUUAACAUAAAAUAGUUCAGUUUAA